CAAAACUUCUGCUACUUUGAUGUGCUACGGUCACUCCACAUUACACAGUUUGGUUGCCACACGAGUCAGUAAGAAACUAAUGGAGGUCGACGCAGCAGCAAGGGCACUCGUAGGUGACGUGGCUUCUCCAUCACCGUGGAGCCUGCUCUGCGUUCUCGCUGCCCUGCUGGUCCUGUGGGCAGCCUCCAAGGUCGCGGAGAGAUGCUGGCUGAGGCCGCGGCGGCUCGGCCGGUUGCUCCGAGCGCAGGGACUCGGCGGCACAGCAUACCGCUUCCCGGCCGGGGAUCUCACGGAGAACGGCAGGCUCAACAAGGAGGCGCAGUCCAGCCCCAUGCCGCCCUGCCACGAUAUUGUGCCCCGCGUGGCGCCACACCUCUACAACGUUGUCAAGGAACACGGCAACGUUUGCAUAACAUGGUUUGGGCCAAUCUUGAGGGUGAUCAUCGCACAGCCAGAGCUAGUGAAAGAUAUCCUAUCCAACAAGUCUGGCCACUUCGAGAAGUUCACAAACAAACGUCUUGGGAAACUGAUAGCCCCAGGGCUUGCGAACUACGACGGCGAGAAAUGGGCGAAGCACCGGAGGAUACUGAACCCUGCUUUCCAUCUUGAAAAGCUGAAGGGCAUGUUGCCAGCUUUCUCAACGUGUUGCACCGAGCUGGUUGGCAAUUGGGAGAAUAAGCUAGCUAAUUCAGGCGGAUCAGUAGAAAUAGACAUCUGGCAAGAGUUCCAGAACCUCAGUGGAGACGUGAUCUCCCGCACAGCGUUCGGUAGCAGCUUCAUGGAAGGCCGAAGGAUCUUCCAACUUCAAGCAGAGCAAGCCGAGCGAAUAAUCAAAGCCCUCCAGUAUAUUUACAUCCCAGGCUACUUGUUCUUUCCCACGGAAAACAACAGAAGGAUGAAGGAAAUCAACCGGGAAAUUGAAGGGCUCCUGAGAGGCAUCAUCGAGAAGAGGGAACGCGCUAUCGAGAGCGAUGGACAUGAACACGAUUUGCUUGGUUUGAUGCUACAAUCAAACAAGGCUAGUGGGACAUCUAGCUUGAGGAUGAGCACAGAGGAUGUGAUUGAGGAGUGCAAGCUAUUCUACUUUGCGGGGAUGGAGACAACAUCGGUGUUGCUCACAUGGACACUCGUCGUGCUCGGCAUGCACCCUGAGUGGCAGGAUCGAGCGAGGAAGGAGGUCCUAAGCGUGUUUGGCAAGAACAAGCCUAGCUUCCAUGGUCUGAAUCGAUUGAAAACGGUUACGACGAUACUGUAUGAGGUUCUCAGAUUGUACCCGCCAGCGGUCACACUGAAUCGAAAGACAUCCAAAGAAGUGGAGAUUGGUGGCAUCUCGUACCCUGCAGGGGUAGCAGUUGAGCUUCCCAUAAUCUUGCUUCAUCACAACCCAAACAUAUGGGGAAAAGACGUGUUGGAGUUCAAGCCCCAGAGGUUCGCGGAGGGCAUUUCCAAAGCAACCAACGAUCGUCUAGCAUUCUUCCCAUUCGGUUCGGGGCCAAGGAUCUGCAUUGGUCAGAACUUCGCGUUGCUGGAGGCUAAGAUGGCUCUAAGCAUGGUUCUUCAGCGUUUCGAGUUCAAGCUCUCACCUUCUUAUGCCCAUGCACCGUACACCGUCAUCACACUGCAUCCUCAACAUGGUGCACAAAUUAUGAUCAAGAGUCUCGAAUGAUUGCGCUAUCUAGAAUCUCCUUGCACACAAGUGUGUGUGUGUGUCUAUAUAUAUAUAUAUAUACACCAGAGUUUUAAUUGAUAUUACUAUCAAUUAUUCGGGCGGGGAGGACAUAUCCACCUAUACCCGAAUAGUUGAUAGAAUAUCAUUUGAUUUGAAUAUGAUUGAAAAUAUCAUUUGAUUUGAAUA